AUGGCGGACCAGGUGGUCGAGGAGUACCCGACUGGUGUGCCCCUCAAGCUUGCCGGAGAAACUUUCAGGGCCAUCAACAAGCUGAGCAGCGAGAAUGAAGACAUCGCCGAGAAGGGUGUUCUCGAACACGUUGAUCUGAACUACAACACCUCAGCGAAGAUCAAAAAUCCUCUUUCUCAUCUUACUGAGGCCCAGGUGCUGCGUGAUGUUGAACAGUUUGCACGGGAUAAUGAAUUGACCGAUCUGCUGCCCGACCUUCGCAAAGGCUCGCUCAUUGCUCGUGACCCCGAGAACUUCAGAGCCAUCCCUGGAGUUGGCGCGGAGGACAUUCGCAUCAUUGAGCAUGAGACCAAACACAAGUGGCGUCAGCCUCGUGCGCUCUACUUUUCGAUCAUCCUCUGCUCCAUUGGUGCUGCUGUUCAAGGCUGGGACCAGACUGGUAGUAACGGUGCCAACCUUAGCAUGCCUGCCGCUCUGGGAAUUCCCACGGCGGAUGACCCUAACGCUGAAUACAAUCAGUGGCUUGUCGGUAUCAUCAAUGCUGGCCCUUACAUCGGCAGCUCUCUCCUGGGCUGCUGGCUGUCUGACCCUGCGAAUUACUACCUCGGCCGCCGUGGCGCGAUUUUCAUCUCCGCUAUCUUCUGUUUGAUCACUCCGUUCGGUCAGGCCCUCAGCCAGACCUGGCCCCAGCUACUUAUCACCCGUGUUCUCCUUGGCUUUGGAAUGGGUCUGAAGGCUUCGACUAUCCCCAUCUUCUGCGCUGAAAACACUCCCGCAUCUAUCCGUGGCGGCUUGGUCAUGUGCUGGCAGCUGUGGACUGCAUUUGGCAUUUUUCUGGGAACAACCGCGAACUUGAUCGUCAAGAAUAUGGGUGACUUGGCCUGGCGUUUGCAAAUGGGCUCUGCGUUUAUCCCGGCAGUUCCUCUUCUUCUGGGUGUUUAUCUCUGCCCGGAGUCUCCACGAUGGUACAUCAAGAAAGGUAAACUCCGCCCCGCGUACGACUCCCUGCGACGUCUUCGAAACACCCCCCUUCAGGCCGCUCGUGAUCUUUACUACAUUCACGCUCAGGUCAAGCUUGAGCAAGAGAUCUCUGGCGAAGGAUCCUACUUGACUCGCUUUGUUGAGCUGUUUACAAUCCCUCGUGUCCGCCGCGCUACUCUUGCGUCGUUUACCGUCAUGAUCGCCCAACAGAUGUGCGGCAUUAACAUCGUGGCAUUCUAUUCAUCUACAAUCUUUGCUGACGCAGGCGCCGGCUACAAUGGGGCUCUCUGGGCCUCUUGGGGCUUUGGACUGGUGAACUUUCUGUUUGCCUUCCCCGCGGUCUGGACCAUCGACACAUUCGGGCGUCGCAGCUUACUCCUCUUCACCUUUCCGCAGAUGGCGUGGACUUUACUCGCAGCUGGAUUCUCGUUCUACAUUCCGGAGGAUUCAAAGGCUCAUCUUGCACUUAUUGCUCUCUUCGUCUUUUUGUUUGCCGCGUUCUACUCGCCCGGUGAGGGACCAGUUCCCUUCACCUACUCGGCGGAGAUCUUCCCUCUCUCACAUCGCGAGGUUGGAAUGUCCUGGGCUGUCGCAACUUGUCUUUUCUGGGCAGCCGUUCUGAGCAUCACCUUCCCUCGAAUGCUUGUUGCCCUUAGCCCUCAGGGUGCUUUCGGCUUCUACGCUGGCCUCAAUAUCAUCGCACUCUUCAUGAUUUUUAUCUGGGUUCCCGAGACGAAGCAGCGCACGCUCGAAGAGCUCGACUACAUCUUCGCCGUCCCCACCCGCACUCACAUGCGCUACCAGCUGUUCCAGGUUCUACCCUGGUGGAUCAAGCGCUACAUUUUUCUUCGCAAGGACGCCCAUCUCGAGCCUCUCUACCAGUUCGAUCAUGUCGCGGAGACUAAAUAA